AGAAAGAAAAUAAUAGCAAAAGAUUUGAUCCUCAUAGUAUUUCCUAUGCUAUAAGGUUCUUAUUAAGUUAUUAAUUGCUCCCAUUUUUUCUACUUCUUGAUAGUAUCCAUUUUCCAUAAACAUAUAUACUUGCAGCUAACAUAAUCGAUCAUACAAACAUACACUAAAUAGUGUAUACGCAACUUGUAAAUAUAAAAAGCAAGCUUAAAGAAUUGACAAAGAGAGUAUCAUAUAAUACAUCUUUCUUGCUGUCAUAUAUUCUUAACUUUUGAAAUUGUGUUUCCUCCUCUCACAAACGUUCCUCCAUUACCAUCUUUGUGAACAUAAGCAUUACAAAUUAAAACAGAGAAAAACAGAGUAAUUAGUGCAUCUAAUUACUUGUUUAACAUGGAUGUCUCAAAGGGUACUAAUCAAAAUCAAGUUGAAGGAACCGGAGAAAACGUGCUUGCUAAACAUGUUGCUUUCUUCGAUAGGAAUCAUGAUGGAAUCAUUUAUCCAUGGGAAACCUUCAAAGGAUUUCGUGCCAUUGGAAGCGGUCUUCUGUUAUCCACCGUUGCUGCUUUUGUCAUCAACAUAGGUAUCAGUCACAAAACUCGCCCGGGGAGAUUUCCAUCAUUGCUCUUCCCUAUAGAGAUAAAGAAUAUAGCCAAAGUUAAACAUGGGAGUGAUUCUGGUGUCUAUGACACUGAAGGAAGGUUUGUACAACCGAAGUUUGAAGCAAUAUUCAGCAAGUACGCACGCUCAAAUGCUAAUGCUCUCACUGCCAAAGAACUUGAUGAAAUGUUGAAGGCAAAUAGAGAACCAAAGGACUUUGCCGGACGGUUUGGUGCCUAUUUGGAAUGGAAGGUCUGUUUUUCACUCUGCAAGGACAAGAAUGGGUUGUUGCAAAGAGAUACAAUUAGAGGUGUAUAUGAUGGAAGCAUAUUUGAGAUGAUGGAGAAUGAGAGACUGUCCGCUAAGAAAAGUAAACAAGGUGGUGAUCGUCUGAUCGAGAAGGUAAAUAAGUAAGCACUGCAGUCUGCAGUUGAUCCUUCGAUGGUUGGCAUCAAUUCGUUGAGGUGGUUAUUUAACAUUUGGGUUUCAACUUAUGUUACAUUUGUCAAUUCAUUUCUAUAAUUGUGUGAUGUUUGUUUAUUCUUGUAAAUAAUGUAAUGCAAGAAUUUUGUGCUCAUUACAACUUAAAAGGAUGUGUAAUGUCACUUCUUCUUUUCGAUGUAUAUUAUGUAAUGUUACAUUUCGAAUA